GCCACGCGCACGCGCAUUGCUUCCCCAUGUGGGCUCGGGCCGUCAUCAGGCCCAGCUGAACAGUAGUGCAUAGACCCCUAGACUGCAAGACCUUGCUGCCAGCUGAGCAGACUCCACCGUCUUGCUGUUGCCCUCCUCUCUCGGUCUUCCCGCCAGCGCAAUUCACAAUGGGCAAGAGCCGGACGAAACGCUUCAAGCGACCUCAGUUCUCCCCUACGGGCGACUGUCAGGCCGAGGCGGCGGCGGCGAACGGGACUGAGCCAGAGGAGAACGACGGGCCAGCGGCGGAGCUGCUAGAAAAACUCCAGCACCCGAGCGCCGAGGUCCGCGAGUGCGCCUGCGCGGGGCUGGCCCGGCUGGUGCAGCAGCGGCCGGCGCUGCCGGGCCUGGCUCGGCGGGACGCCGUGCGACGCCUCGGGCCGCUGCUGCUCGACCCCAGCCUGGCGGUGAGGGAGACGGCGGCUGGCGCACUGAGAAAUCUCAGUGCUUGUGGCGGUUUCGAAGUUUGUGGUGACAUGGUGACCAAGGAUAUCAUGACUCCGCUGGUCGCACUGCUGAAAGAGUGUAGUACUGGACUGGAUUCAAAUGAGAUGUCUCCACAGGAAAAAAAAGAUCAGAACAGAAAUUCUAUUGAAAACAUAGCCAAUGAGGCCGUAAACGUGCUGUGGAAUAUAUGUGAAUGCAGUAGUAGAGCAGUAUCUAUAUUCAACAAAGAAGGGUGUUUGGAGAUUGUAUUAAAGUAUUUAAGUAGGUUUUCCACCAAUGUUGACCUGGCUAUUUCUGUAGCAUAUUGUUUGCAGACGGUGACUGAAGAUAACCCAGAGCUACUGAAAUCUUUCAGUGCCCCAGCAUUGCAUGUGCUGGAAUCAGCAAUGCUUUCUCCUGUCAAUUCCAUGGAAUAUAUUCUAUUAAAGACAUUGGUGGCAGGCACCAUUUGGAAUCUAAAGGACAUUAUUCCAUCCAAGAGUCAGGCAGAAAUCAUAAAUGCCAUACUAAAGAUCUUAUCUGAAGUUCUGGAAAUGGAUGCUGGUGAAACGGUUCUUCAAAUGAAGGAGGCCGAAACUCAAAGGAUAAAAACUGCUGCAGAGACUGAGGACACAUUACAGAAUGUUAAUGGUGAUGAUUUGAUUGAGGAUGAUGAAAUGGAAGGAAUUCCUCAUAGAAGGAAAGUCAGAAGGAAAGCUUUCAUUUCAGAUUUACUUCCACCCACCGACAAGGAGCUGAGAGAGACCAUAGCGUUGCUGACAGCUCAGCAGACUGCUCUGGAAAUCAUUGUUAACAUGUGCUGCAGUGAAGAUCCCACCGACGAUGAAUGGGAAGAGCUCUCCAGCAGUGAUGAAAGCGACUCAUUUAUGGAGAAUUCCCUCAGUGAAUGCGGUGGGCAGCUGCUGUCUCCCCUCUGCCUCUCCCAUGAGGUUCACACCGCUCUCACCAACUACCUCAUCCCAAAGAAGAUUUUUGAGAAAACUGCCUUUCCAAACAGCACUGCAGUUGACGUGUGUUCCAGGAACCCCAGUUGGAAACCUUUGAUUAGAAAAAUGAGCACUAUACAAUGCAGAGCCCUCGUGUGUCUCCAGAGCCUUGUCUCCCUCCUGGAUGUGGACCAUCUGGGAGGACCUGCAGCCCUUCAGACACUUGCACAGCAUCUGUCACAACUGCUUUUUUCUCAGCCAGAUUUCGCUAAGCAUGUUGACUUUUUAGAAGCUAUAAGUAGUGCCUUGAGGGCCCUUUUGCAAACGGUGGCCUCCAAGAACAUUCCUCAGAAGCUAUCGGGUUUCCCUGGUGGCGCAGUGGUUGAGAAUCCGCCUGCCAAUGCAGGGGACACGGGUUCGAGCCCUGGUCCAGGAAGAUCCCACAGGCCGUGGAGCAACUAAGCCCGCGCACCACAACUACUGAGCCUGCACUCUAGAGCCCGCGAGCCACAAUUACUGAGCCCAUGAGCCACAGCUACUGAGCCCGAAUGCCCAGAGCCUGUGCUCUGCAACAAGAUAAGCCACCACAAUGAGAAAGCCGUGCACUGCAACGAAGAGUAGCCCCUGCUCGCCGCAACCAGAGAAGAGCCCGCGCACACCCAAAAAUAGAGACCCAAUGCAGCCAAAAAUAAAAAAUAAAUAAAGUAAUUAAAAUUUUUUUAAAACCCAGAAAACGCCAUAAUAUUAAAAAGAAGAAGAAGAUGCUGUCAUCUGUCCUAAAGAAUUUCCCCCAUUCUCAGAUAUGGCUGCUUUAACAAUGUUAUUAUUUAACAGGUCCCUCUGUCUCCCAUAUUGCCUAUAAAUUGGGAGCUAGGUCUAGAGCCUUAAUUAGAUUCAGGAUCAGAUCGUUUAGGCAAAAAUAAUUCACAGUGCUGUAUGUAUAUUCUACUUUUAUAUCACAAAUCACAUAUUGUUGUAAAAUAGUGAUGUUAAGAUUAAUCAAUGGAUUCACUUGUAGCAACCAGUGAUUUUUGUUGUAUAGAUCCACUAUUUUGCAAACCACUAUAGGGUUUGCAAAAUGGAGAUAUCCUAAUUUUGUCAUUCCUUUUAAAGCAUUUAUUAGCUGUGAUUCUUCUGUAAAUAAAAACUUCCUAUUUCAUCAAUUAGUUGGUAACUUUGAAAUAAAUUUCAUACCAAAAAAGAUAGGGCAUGAUUCUCCCUCCCCCCACCCCACCCUUUUUUCUAGAAUAAUGAGUUGGUGUCCUAGCAGUCUCUAAAAAUAACCAGUUUUUUAAACCAUCAUUAAAAACUCAUUAUUAAUUAUUUACCCUACAGAAUAUAGUUAAUAAUUUCAAAAUAAUGGUAUUAUUACUAACAAUAACACUACUGAAUGCAGUUUAAGAUUUCUUUGUGAUUCUUCAUGUCCUUAGGGAAAAAAAUCCCUCUAGGUCUAUACAAAUUACUGUGUUUUAAAGUUGCUUGAAAAGUUCUCUUUGUGGCUUGUUAUAAAGUUAGCUUCAGUUGUUUCAGCUUUUAUUAAAGCAUUUUUUGUUUGCUUUAAUUUUUAUUUUUUAAUUAUAUAAAAUAUUUACACAGUUUCAGAGUUAAAACUGAAACAAGAUAUAUUCAGAGAAAAAUAUGGUAUAUACAUACUGUGGAAUAGUAUUCAGCUUUAAAGAAGAAUGAAAUUCUGAUACAUGCUACUGCAUGGAUGAAACUGGAAGACGUUAUGCUAAAUGAAAGACACAAAAGGACAAGUAUUGUAUGAAUCCUCUUAUGAGGGUCCUAGAGUAGUUAAAUUUGUGGGACAGAAAGGAGAACAGUGGUUGCCAGGGGUUGGGGUAAGGGUGGGGUGUGUGGGGAGACAUUGUUUAAUGGGUACAGGGUUGCAGUAUGGAACAAUGAAGAAGUUCUGGGGAUGGAUGGUGGUGUUGCACCGACCGGUUGCACAACAGUGUGAAUGUACUGUACUUACUACCACUGAACUGUACUUUUAAAUAUGGUUGAAAUGGUAAGUUUUACGUAUAUUUUAUCCCCAAAAAGAAUAUAUAUAUGUAUAUAUUUAGAGAGGUCUAGCUUCUGUCCCUUUGCCCCUGUUCUUUCCUUUGUGCCAUUGGUAAUCAUCCUUUUUGGUUUUUUAAUUUAUCAUUCUAUUGUUCUUUUUUGGAAAACAUAAGCAAAAUAUGUAUGUAUUUGUAUUUCAGUCCUUUUCUUUUCUUUUUUUUUUUUUUUUUGCGGUAUGCGGGCCUCUCACUGUUGUGGGCUCUCCCGUGGCGGAGCACAGGCUCCGGACGCACAGGCUCAGCGGCCGUGGCUCACGGGCCCAGCCGCUCCGCGGCCAUGUGGGAUCCUCCCAGACCGGGGCACGAACCCGUGUCCCUUGCAUCAGCAGGCGGACUCUCAACCACUGCGCCACCAGGGAAGCCCCACUCCUUUCCUUAAAAGUAGUGCUUCUGUACUUUGCUCUUCUCCCUUAUUAAUCACCAUAGACAUGUUUCUCAUUUCUUUUUUACAGCUUCAUAUCACUCCAUUGUGUACAUAUUCCAUAUUCAACAUGUCUGCAUCGAUGGAUAUUGUAGUUGUUUCCAAUCUUUUGCUAUUACAAAUAGAACUGCAGUGAAUAGCCUUUUUACAGAAGUUCUGUUGUGUUUUUUGCCAUUGUGUCUUUGGGAUCGAUUCCUAGAAUUGGACUUGCCGGCUCAGAGAACAGAUGGAUUUGUAGCUUUGCUCUGGGUAUUGCUGUAGUCCCCUCCUUAGAGUCUGAGCCGUUUCGAAUCUCCACCAGCAGCGUUUGAGAGUGCCUGUUCUGCCAGAGCCUCACCAGAAGAAUAUGUUGUCAAAAUGUUGGAUUUUAAGUGGUCUGAUGGGUGAGAAAUUAUAUCUCAAUUUUAAUUUGCAUUUCUCUUACUGUGAGGAGGUUGGACAUCUUUUCAUGUGUUUUAAGGGCCUUUGCAUUUCUUUUUCUGUAACUUUUCCCAUCUGUUGCCAAUUUUGCUAUCGGGUCUGUGGUCUUUUUCCUCUGUGUGUAUAAGGGCAAAUCCUAGGGCUUUGCCCUCAGUCUACUGAAGCAGAAACUCUGGGGAGGGGCCCAGAGAUGUCUGUGUUUUAACAAGUUCUCUAGGUGAUUGUCAUGCACUCUGAAGUUUGAGAACUACAGUUCUAAACCGUCCUCACUGCUUCCUUUCUAAAAUCCUCCAGUUCUGAGUACCACGUCACUAGACCACACCACCCCACCUCUCUUGGUUACAGUCACCCACCACCCCCAAGGGCGCCCCUCGUUCCUUGAAGAUUCCUGCUGUUGGUUUCUGUUACUUUUCACUGGUCCCGUCAUGAUUCUAGGUGAUUUCAGAAUCCACGUGGAUGCUCUUCCCAGGAACCUGGCUUCGCAGUUCUUCGGCCUCCUUUCCUCUGGUGGCCCGUCUUCCUUCCGUCCUUAGUCAUUGCAUGGCCACACCUCUAGAGCAGUGCUAACCCAGACUUGGCCCUGUUCCAGAGUUUAAUGGGAAGUCUCUGGUGUUUUACUGUUAAAUAUAGCACAUGAUGUUGGCCUCUAAUACAUACUCUUUAAAUAUUUUCUCUUUGUAUAUUUGAGAAUUUUUUUCAAGAACGUAACUUCUAAAGAAAAAAGAAAGAACAUAACUUCUGACCCUCAGUUUCUAUGAAAGGGAAAGUGACAUUUGCACUCUUGUGAUACCUGUGUCCACGUGUGUGUUCAGAUCAGCUUAAAAUGAAAAUUAUCACUACUUGGUGGAAGCACUAUAUGAUGUAAUGGGUUUUACAGUCUUUAUUAAUUUACCAUAACACACAAAUCUCAGAGUCAGUUCUUACCUUGUAUAGAUUUCAGCCCAUUUUUAUUAAAGCUGCAUGGUCCUAUUUACAUUUUUUAUGAUCAACGUUGAAAAGAAAUGAGAAUCUCUUUGGUCUGUGUAUCUCUGAAUGAAAGUCUUCAAAUGAGACAAAUAGGAUCUGAAGGUUCUUUUACAGGCUUACAGCCAUGGGAUAGAGUAAGUGGUGACAGUGACAUGAGCAGGCCUCGUCCUAGUUCAGAGUUACCAACGUUAUUAAUGAGUGAUUAGAAUAUGUAAUAACUUCACCGAGAGUUUGUGUCACUUGUAGCAUCGUGCCUCUUGUAGAAGAGACUCCUGCCAAUCCCGUUGCACAUGCUGUUGGAAUUGGCUGAGUUUAACGUGCUAAAUACUCUCUCCUUCUCUUUCAACAGUGCAUGACUCCCGACCAGCUGUUGACACUAUGCAGAGCAGGCAUCCAUAGUAGUAAUGUUGGGGUGAGGGUGAAUGUGGUUAGUAUUUUAGGAAUCACUGGCAGCGUCCUAGCCAAAGAAGAUGGUACACUUGACACU